AUGUCCUCUGCCUCCUCCAACUCUCCUUUUGAAAAUGGAGUCAUGCUGUACAUGGCUUAUUUAAGCAAGGAGGGGCUGCAAACAUUCAAGCAGCUUUUAGUGGAUGAGAACCCCAGACCUGGAUCAGUCCAGAUCACCUGGGACCAGGUGAAGACAUCCAGAUGGGGAGAGAUGGUUCAUCUCUUGGUGGAGUUCUUCCCUGGACGACUAGCUUGGGAUGUGACUCAUGACAUAUUUGCCAAGAUGAACCAGACAGAAUUGUGUCUUCGGGUACAGAUGGAACUAAAUUACAUUCUACCCAACCUGGAGCUCGAGGACUUGAACCCAAGAGAAAUGCCAGUGAAUUUGGAGGAAGGAGAAUCUGAUAAAAUACAGGAGUACAAAGAGCACGUGACGGAUGAGUAUUCCAUGAUGCGGACGAUGACCCCCUGGUCUGGGAGCCAUGCAGACUUCUUCUACCAAGACAUAGAGAGACACGAGAGGUUCUUACCAUGCCUUUUUCUUCCCAAAAGACCUCAAGCCAGACAGCCCAAGACUGUGGUCCUACAGGGAGUCGCUGGGGUUGGAAAAACAAGUUUGGCCAAAAAGGUGAUGCUGGAGUGGGCAGAAAACAAGUUCUACCACCACAAGUUCCGCUGUGCUUUCUACUUCCAUUGCCGGGAAAUGGCUCAGGUGAAUGAGCAGAGCUUCGCAGAGCUGAUUGCCCGUAAGUGGCCUGGGUCACAGUCUCUCAUGUCCAAGAUUAUGUCCAAACCAGACCAACUUCUGCUCCUCUUUGAUGGCUUUGAGGAAGUGUCACUGACCCUCACGGAUAGACCAGCUGACCUGAGUGAUGACUGGAUCCAGAAAUUGCCCGGGCCUGUCCUCCUGGCUAGUCUGCUGAGCAAAAGAAUGCUUCCUGAAGCCACCUUACUGAUCACCUUCAGGUUCACAUCUUGGAGGAAGCUCAAGCCCUUCCUGAAACAACCCUCUUUCAUAACACUCACGGGGUUUAGUAUGGCAGAGAGAGCCAAGUACUUCAGGACAUAUUUCGGAAACAAGAGGGAUGCUGAUGAAGCCUUGAGGUUUGUCACGGGAAACACAGUUCUCUUCUCCAUGUGUCAGGUCCCUGCAGUUUGCUGGAUGGUGUGUUCCUGUCUGAGACAGCAGAUGCAGAGAGGAGCAGACCUUGCACAGGCAUAUCCAAAUGCCACAGCUGUUUUUGUCCAGUAUCUGUCUGGCUUCUUUGCCACCAAGCCUGGAAGCCCUCCCAGAAACACUCAUCAGACACGACUGGCAGGUCUGUGUUAUUUGGCCGCAGAGGGCAUGUGGAACAUGAGAUGGGUGUUUGACACGAAAGACCUCGAGCAGGCCAAGCUGGAUGAGACCGCUGUUGCUACUUUUCUCCGUGUGAAUAUUUUUCAAAAGGUGGCAGGUGAUGGAGACCGCUAUGCAUUUGCCAUUCUAAGCUUCCAGGAGUUUUUUGCUGCCUUUUUGUACGUUCUGUGCUUCCCCCAACGACUCAGAAAUUUCCGGGUGUUGGACCGUGUUCAGAUCAUACGCCUGAUAGCAUAUCCCGGAAGAAAGAAAAACUACCUUGCUCAGAUGGGGCUCUUCUUAUUUGGCCUUUUAAAUGAAAAGUGUGCUUCAGCUGCGGAGAAGUCAUUUGGAUGCAAGCUGUCCCUGGGCAACAAGAAGAAGUUGCUGAAAGUGGCAGCCCUGUUGCAUGAAUGUGGCCGACCCACACUGCACCACGGUGUCCCGCAGCUGUUCCACUGUCUGCAUGAGAUCCAGGAGGAGGCAUUUGUGCGUCAGACCCUAAGCGAUUGUCAGAAUGCUGCUUUGAUCAUCAGCAAGAAGAAAGACAUGCAAGUGUCUGCCUUUUGUCUUAAGUACUGUCAACGUCUGCGGGAUCUAGAACUGACUAUGACCCUGACCAUCCCCCACGUGGGCACACUCAGCCUGGAUCCCCUACAUUCUGCUGAACCAGAAAGCAGUGACCAGUGUUUUCUCUGGUGGCAAGAAUUCUGCUCCGUGUUUAGGACACAUGAGAAUUUGGAAGUCCUGACUUUGACCAACACUUCUUUGGAGGCUGAGUCAGUGAAGGUUCUUUCUGCGGCUCUGAGACAUCCUGGAUGUAAACUGCAAAAACUCAUCUUCAGACGUGUGCAUCCCUCCAUGCUGAACGAGGACCUAAUCCAAGUUUUGACUGAAAACCAGUAUCUGAGCUACUUGGAAAUACAAGGCACGGAAGUGAGACAUGAGGCCAUGGAGUUUCUGUGCACAGCCUUGAAAUGUCCGCAGUGCUAUCUGCAGUGUCUGAGGCUGGAAGACUGCUCAGUUACCCCUAAAAGUUGGAUUGAUCUUGCCAAGGAUCUUGGAAGUAACAAACACCAUAAGAAACUCUUAAUCUCACAAAACAAACUGAGGACAUUUGGGACGUAUUGCCUGCCAGUGGACCAACUAGAGAGGCUGUCACUGGAGAACUGUGAGCUCGCACCGCUUACCUGUAAAACUCUUACCUCCUCCCUCAAGAGUAAUGAGAUGCUGACCCAUCUGAGCUUGGCAGAAAAUACCCUGAAGGAUGAAGGAGCGAAAGAGCUUUGCAACGCCUUACAGUGUUCUACGUGUCCUCUACAGAGGCUGGUCCUGAGAAACUGUGCCCUGACCUCCGACUGCUGUCCGGACCUGGUCUCCGCUCUGGAUAAAAACAAAAAUUUGAGAAGCUUAGACCUUGGUUUUAAUAGCCUGAAGGAUGAUGGCGUUAUCCUGCUCUUUGAGGCCCUCAUGAAACCCCAGUCUGGCCUCCAGAUUCUGGAGCUGGAGAAGUGUCUGCUCACCGCUGUGUGCUGCCAGGCUAUGGCUUCCAUGGUCCUGCACAACCAGAGCCUCAGAUACCUGGACAUGAGCAAGAAUGACAUCGGGCUCAGGGGCAGAGAGCUCCUGCGGGAGGCCUUCCAGCAGCGCAAGGGGAACAAGAAGGUUGUUCUGUACCAUUUCUCCAUUUUAUUAAGGAAUCCACUUUUCCAUCAAAAUCUGAGCUCUCAGCUUUGCACGAAGAUGAGAGAAGUCAAAUUACCCUCCUUUUCCAACUAUGCACUGCAAUGGUGUUUCAUGCAGCUGAGCAAGGAAGAGUUUCAGACGUUUAAGGGACUGCUCAUGGAAAAAGCUUCCGAAGUGGCAGUGUGCUCCUUUCCAUGGGUUGAGGUGAAUAACGCCGACAUGGAACAUCUAGCCUCCCUCUUGCAUGAGCAUUAUGAAGAAUCUCUUCUCUGGAAAAUAUCCAAUCACAUCUUUGAAACGAUGGGCCUGUCCACCCUCUCUGAGAAGACUUUCUUCAAAUGUUGUUUCCUGUUUUUGUUCUCCCUUCCCCCGUCCAACUUGGGCCGUGGAGAUAAGACAAGGGACUACAAGGGCUACGUGAUGACAAAAUUUGCUGCAAAGUCGGAUGAAUUCCAUGGUUUUGAACACCUUGCCACUGACUGUCCAGAAAUGCAAAUGUUGCUGGGAGCUUUCAAUCCAGACCAGACGGGCUUCCAGCCCCGCACUGUGGUUUUGCACGGAAAAUCAGGAAUCGGGAAAUCCGCUUUGGCCCGAAGGGUCCUGCAGUGCUGGGCGCAGGGUGAACUCUACCAGGUCAGGUUCUCCUACGUCUUCUUCCUCCGUGCCAGAGACACGCAGUGCAUGAGGGAGGGCAGCUUUGCAGAGUUAAUUUCUGGAGAGUGGCCAGACUGCCCAGUUCCAAUGAUGGAGAUCAUGUCCCAACCAGAAAGGCUCUUGUUUAUCGUUGACGGUUUUGAUGACCUGGACUUCACCUUCCAAGAUGACGACGCGAGUCUCUGUGAAGACUGGGCAGACAAGCGCCCCCCGUCUGUUCUGAUGCGUAGUCUGCUGAAGAAAGCGCUGCUCCCGGAAUCCUCGCUGAUGAUCACCGUCAGAGACACGGGCAUAGAGAAGCUCAAAUCCAUGCUCACAUCACCCCGUUACCUGCUCGUGGGGGGCAUCUCCGUGGAGAAGAGGGUCCAGCUGCUCCUUCGGCACACGAAGAACGAGCAUCAGAAGACGCAAGCCUUGCGUGCCGUGGCCGACAGCCGCUCGCUGCUGGACGCGUGCCAAGUCCCCGUCUUGGGGUCACUCAUCUGUGAGGCUUUGAACCUGCAGGAGGCAUGUGGAGAACGCCUUCCCCCUCCCUGCCACACUCUCACAGGCUUGUACGCCACGUUCGUGUUCCACCAGCUUGGCCCGCGAGACGCCUCCCGGCGCCGUCUCAGCCAGGACGAGACUGCUGUCUUGAGGAGCCUGUGCCUCCUGGCUGUGCAGGGCGUGUGGCACAGGAAGUUUGUGUUCUAUGCAGAUGACCUCCAUGCCCAUGGACUGCGGGAGUCUGAGCUCUCUGCUCUGCUUCACACAGACCUCCUCCUCCAGGACGGCCGCCGGGAGAGGUGCUGCUACUCCUUCCUGCACAUCAGCCUGCAGGAGUUCUGUGCUGCCCUGCACUAUGUUCUAGAAGGACUGGAGACAGGGAGUCAUCCCUGCCCUGUGUUCAUGCAGGGGUUGGCAGCGCUCCGACCAGCGGGCUCCGACUCCCACCUGCACCAGAUGAAGCGGUUCUUGUUUGGCCUCAUGAGCAAAGAGGUGACGGGGGCUCUGGAGGUCCUGCUCGGGCGCUGUGUCCCCCGGGCACUGAAGCGGGGACUUCUGAGCUGGAUCUCUCUGCUGGGGCGACAGCCAGGCACCUGCACCCCGCCGGACUUGCUGGAUGCCUUCCACUGCCUUUUCGAGAUUCAGGACGAGGAGUUUGUCCGCUUGGCAUUGGACAGCUUCCAGGAAGUUUGGCUUCCAAUAGGGCACCGGACAGACGUGCUGGUGUCCGCCUUCUGUCUGCAGCGGUGCCGGUAUUUGCAGAGAAUCCACAUCGAAGUCCCACAGAGCCUCUCAAAGGACGAGUUCUCCGAUGCGCAGCCCCUCAUUCCCCAAGGGAUGCCAGCCAAGACCCUUGCUGCUGAGUGCUGGGAAAGUCUCUGUGUCGUGCUCAGCACCCACCCAAGCCUGAGGGAACUCGACCUGAGCGGCAGUGUCCUGAAUGAGCGGGCCAUGAAGACCCUGUGCAUCAAGCUGAGGCAGCCAACAUGUAAAAUACAGAAUCUGAUAUUUAAAGAUGCGCAGGUUCCCCUGGGCCUUCGUCAUCUCUGGAUGGUUCUCAUUACCAACCAUAACAUGAAAUACCUGAACUUGGAGAGCACUCGCCUGAAGGAGGCCGACCUGAUGAUGGCGUGCCAAGCACUGAGACACCCGAGCUGCUUGCUGGAGUCGCUGAGGUUGGAUCACUGUGGACUAACUCCCGCUUGUUGCCUGGUGAUCUCCCAGAUCCUUGUUACAUCCAUCAGUCUAAAAUCUCUCAGCCUGGUAGGAAAUAAGUUGGCGACGCAGGGUGUAAAGGCUCUCUGUGAGUCCUUGACAGCCUCGCAGUGCGCUCUGGAGAAGCUGAUACUGGGGAACUGUGGCCUCACCGCUGCCCACUGCCGGGACCUGGCCUCCGCCCUCAUCAGCAACCAGAGUUUGACGCACCUGUGCCUGUCAAGCAACAGCCUAGGGCGCGAAGGUGUGAAUCUGUUGUGUCGCGCCAUAAAGCUGCCCAGCUGCGGGCUACAGAGGCUGAUACUAAAUGAGUGCAACCUGGAUGUCGCCGGCUGUGGCUUUCUUGCGUUCGCCCUUAUGGGCAACAAACGUAUGACACAUCUGAGCCUCAGCAUGAACCCUGUGGAAGAUGAUGGGAUGAACCUUCUCUGUGAGGUCCUGAUGGAACCAUCUUGUCACCUCCAGGACCUGGAGAUGGUUAAGUGUCAUCUCACGGCCACCUGCUGCAAGAAGCUGUCCUGCGUGAUCACGAGGAACAAACACUUGAAGAGCCUGGAUCUGGCUGUGAACGCCCUGGGAGAUGACGGCAUCACGGCACUGUGCGAGGGGCUGAGGCACCGGAGGGCUUCUGUGUGGAGGCUGGGGUUGGAAGCGUGUGGACUGACUUCUGGUUGCUGCGAGGCCCUCGCCGCGGCCAUCCUCGGCAGCCAGCACCUGACCAGCUUGAAUCUGAUGCGGAACGAUCUCAGCCCUGAAGGAAUGACAACGCUGUGUCUGGCCCUCGCGCAGCCCACAUGCAACCUACAGAUAAUCGGGUUGUGGAAAUGGCAAUAUCCCACUCAAACAAGGAAGCUGCUAGAGGAGGUACAACGACAAAAGCCACAGAUGAUAAUUGGUGACAGCUGGUAUUCUACCGAUGAAGAUGACCGGUACUGGUGGAAAAACUGAAAACAAGA